GUAGGUUUUCAGUAGCUGCCUUUCGAAUGUCAGAUGCCUUUUGUAAGCCGUUUGUUCAAAGUUCACUUUUAGUCCGGGGCAUUCUUUUAUAACUUUGGGUUGAAUUUGCAUAGAAUGCAAAGGCCCGGCUAAAUUCAAAAUUUUCAGUGUUUGCCUGCUUUUGAAAGACUCAACCAACGCCCUAGGAUGAUGCUCAAGCUGUGGUCCGGCUCCGUGACUCAUUCUGCGAUCCGUCAAUGCAAGGCGCGCCAGCUGCUGGCCCAAAGCCUAUGCCACCUCGCCCAGCUGGGUAAGGAGCAGACCAAUGUGCGCGGUAACCACAAUCUUCCCUUGAAGAUAGUACCCUCACGGCAGGAUCAACUCAAUGCCCUGAAGGGCGAGGAAUUCGACGUCCUGGUGAUCGGCGGCGGGGCCGUCGGUUGCGGUUGCGCUGUGGACUCUGCCUGCCGCGGACUAAAGACCGCCCUAGUCGAGGCCGACGACUUUGGCAGUGGAGCCAGUUCCCGCUCCAGCAAGCUGGUUGAUGGCAGUGGCUCCUACCUGGGCACCGCCCUGAGGGACAAGGACUUCGAGCAGCUUUACAUAAUGCUGAGGAUGAUGAGCGAGCGAGCCACCAUGCUCAAGAUCGCUCCGCACCUGAAUCGAGUGCAGCCGAUGGUCAUACCCAUGUACAGUGUACUAGGCAUGCCCUUUACCUGGUUGGCUCUCAAGGUGUACGACUUUAUAUCGGCUGCGUCGAAUGUGCGCGGCUCGCACUGCAUCUCCAAGGAAUCCAUGCUCUAUGAGUUCCCGCUGCUGAAGACGAAGGGAUUGCGCGGCGGAAUUGUCUACUACGAUGUCCAGUUGGAUGACGCCCGGAUGUGCAUGGCAUUAGUUAUGACUGCCGUCGCCCUGGGCGCCAGUGUGGGGAACCAUCUGAAGCUGGUGGAGAUGCUGCCUCAGGGGGGCUGCUGUCGCGUGGUGGGCGUCAAUGAUUCGCUCACCGGCGAGACGUUCUACAUCCAGGCCAAAGCAGUGAUCAACGCCACUGGUGCCGGCACGGAUGCCGUCCGACAGCUGGACGAGGAGGGCACUCCCCCGAUCCUUGUGCCCACGGUGGACACCUACGUCUCCGUGCCGCGGUACUUCGGCUCUGGCCGCUACGGCCUUCUGAGCCCGUCGCAGAAAAAGGGUGAUCCCACGGUGGUGAUGGUGCCCUUCGAGAACCACAUAGUGCUGGGCGUCCACGAAGAGGAUGGCGGGUCCAUCUCUCAAAGCCCUGCCGCCGACCCAGAAGACGUUAGUUCUCUGCUGGACGCUGCCAAGGAGAAGAUGGAGCCCUGUGUGGAGCUGGGACCAUGCCACGUGCUCAGUGCCUGGACGGGCCUGCGGCCCAAGGUCGGCUGUCCCAGGGAUAAGAAAGAGGAUAAGGAGGAUGAUGAUAAGCUACCUCCCCCGGUCAGCAGCUACAUGAUCGAGGUGAGCCAGAAUGGACUAAUCACGCUGGGCGGGGGGCGCUUUAGCAGCUACCGCGUGAUGGCCGCCGAGGCCGUCGACCUGGCCAUCCAGACGUGCGGACUGUGCGACGACCAUGUCACCUCCAGCUGGACCGAGCACCUGCCGUUAGACGGGGCCCAGAACUGGUGCUGCAUGCUGCCUCUGGAGUUCGUGCAGGACUACGACGUGCCCAUGGACGUGGCGCAGCACAUAUCCGACUCGUAUGGCUACAACGGGCAUGCCCUGCUCAACCAGGGUCAAGAUAUGCUGAAACGUCUUCAUCCGAACUUUCCAUACAUCGAGGCUGAGGUGAAGUACGCGGUGCGCAGUGAGUACGCCUGUUCCCUGGUUGACGUCGUCGCUAGGCGCCUGCGCGUCGCCUUCGUGGACGCGGUCGCCACGCUGCACAUGAUGCCUAAGGUCCUCAAGAUCAUGGCCGCGGAGAUCGGCUGGGACGAGGGGGAGCAGAAGAAGCAGAUGGCGGCGGCCCAGGAGUUCCUGGUGCGCCAGAUGGGCCUCGGCGGCAUCGUUCGCCCGAAGAUGCUAGGCAAAAGCCAACCGAAGACGAAGGCUUCUUCGCAGGGCUGCUGCCGGGCGGCCGCUCGCAAAGAGGCCAGGAGCUACUCCAGAGCCUUCGCCCCGGUCACUGCGAUCCACGAGGAGCCCCUAGUCCCCUCCAGGACAGGUCGUAGCUCAAAUGAGAGCGCAAAGAUGUCCAAGAUUUCCGGGGUCUUCACCACAGGGAUCACUCAGCGGUCGGUGGUGGACAGUCCCCUGACUGCCUCCGGCAACCAGCCGAGGUUCAUUCCCAGCGACUGGUCUGACGAAAAGCGCCACCUAAUCCAGACCGUGUGGCGCAACAAGUUCAUGUGCUGACACCAUUACACACCUGAGUAUUCCCAGGAGGUCGACUAAGCCUGAGAUUCAUCCGAGAAAUUAGGUUUCAAGAGAAUGGAUGCUUCUUUGUAAUUCUAUAAAAACUCGUUAAAGCAAACUUGUCGCUAGAGCCCAAUCCCAGGCUCUGGAAGUGCUCGAUCGACUACACUUGGAAAAAGUCUUUGAAGAGGGUUGAAUGAAUUACUAAUGGAACAAGCUACUUUGUAAUAUGAAGCCGGCUAAAAAAUAGACUGAAUAUUAGUAAAAUUAAAAAUGUAUUUAAUUAUUCACUUCAGUAAUGCCUGCAGCUUUAAAAAUAGAAGUCUGAUUGCUGAUUUAAA